ACUGUCCCCACUCCCAGGGAACCUUAACACUGGCAUUGCCAGACCUCAUGGCUCUGAAUUUUGGUUUGUUUGACUUGACAGUUUGGAGGGAAGGUAAUACUAUGUCUUUUCCUUGCUAAGUAAAGAACAAACUGCAGGUACCUGGAAUAAGAUAGGCUGAAAAGCCAAAAUACCUGGUGAGAAGGAGAUCUUUCAUGCUGCCACCACAGCAGCAUCUGAGUGCUUGCUUGAGCAGGCACAAGAUGCUUCUAAUGCACCAGAAAUGCCACUAUUGCUUGAUGCUCUGGAGCUGCAACCACAUGCCCAGAUUAGGGGUCUCUCACUUAGAGGAGGUGAGGAGGGAGGGAACAUUUUCCACCCUGCUUAAUUCUGUCUUCAUCUGUAAAGCCAGGAGAAAGCUGGAAGGGGAACACAUGAUGGUAUUGUUCUGUGUUAAUUUUUUUUCUAAUUAGCCAAAGUAUUGAAAAUGCUUCUGUCUCUUUAAAAUGGUGUGGUAUUUUGUGCUGUGACUAUUACCGAACAUGAAGUUAUUUGAGUGAACAGAAUAACUUCAUGUGUGUUGAGGUGUGAGGUGACCUCAUUAUUCCUAAAUCUGUUCCUUUUUUGUAGCACUUCUUAUUCAGCUCUGCUCUUUCAGCUGCUCAAGUGUUUUUAUUUCUGCUCUGGUUGUGUAACAGAUUUUUUUUUUUAAAUUUCAGAAUCAUAGCAACAUAAGUUGGUUAGAUGAGCCAACCUGGCAGAAAUUAGCUGCUCAUAGAUAAGACAAUAAUAGAGCAAGAUUAAACAGGUUUUGUGGCUUAAUAGAGUAAGAAGCGAUACUUGCCAGAUUUUACUUUGAUGCAAGGAUGUUGAUUAAUGCAAGACAUGUUUCAUUCCAAUCAAGACUUCUGUUAAAGACAUUUUAAAAAAUUAUCAUUUUGCCAUUGCUUGCACAGUCAGAACUUCAGAGAGGUGUUGUGUUGAACACUCCGGCAAAUUGGCGUUCCCUGUCUGCCUUCAGAAGAGCAUGUCCUGGGGAGCACUGGCACUCUGCAAUCAGUGCUUGUUCCGGGGCAGAGGUGCAUAUCUCCAGGGAGACGCUGCUCCCUUCAGCACUUUCUGCUUUUGCUGUCACUGAGGACUUUGCUGUUGGGACUCUUAUCUGGAAAUGAGGCACCUGUCCACUCACAAAGAAAAGAAAAAAGUAUUUCUCAAAGUUCACUUGGUGGUCUCCAGGCAGCCUUGGUGGUUGUACUGAGUAGAAUUUCUUUGAAGAGACAGAUUAAAGGUGGAUGACUGCAUAUCCCGUUGCAAAUGCCAUAUAUUGACAAUUUUUAUAUGCUAACUUGAAAGUUUUUCCAUUUAGACCUCCAGCAUUUAAGGGACACAUGAGAGACAAGAUUGCAACUCCCUUGCUUGAGAGCUCUCUAUCACCUCCUGAGUUGUUCCUGUGGGGCAUGCUUGUCUAAAUAACAGAUCCCAUCUUUUGUAUCCUUAACCACUCAUCAGAAACUUCCUGGCUCCAGUGUUGUUUGCCUGGUUCAUUUUCUGCUGCUCUCUCUUGGUUUCUUGUACUAGCUUCAAUAUUCUCUACUGAUCGCAUUUAGCUCUGGAGCACUUGAGUGAGUUGGUGAUCUGCGGGGUUUUUACUGAGCAGGUAAGUUUUCUGACUAAGUGUGUUUCCUAAGUUAAAGGUCUAGUGCCUAUGCCAAACCUAUACUUGCAUAAAUAACCUGCCUAUCUACAAUUACAUAUAACAAGUUUUUAGCAGUUCCACUGCCUCCAUUUCCUGUUGCAUUGAAAAUAGUUCCAAAUGAAAUUUUGGCCAGAGGGGCAAAAAUUUUAGUUUGGCAUCAGUGGAUGGCAUUUCUGCCAGUUCAGGUAUGUGAAUUAUGUAAUUAAUAUCUGCAUAAGAUAAUGUAAAAGCAAAACACACCAUGUGUGUUUUAGGGGCUUUACAUGAACUGGAGUUGUUUGGGAAAUAACUAGGACCUUUUAAAUGCCUACUGCAUUACACUUUUCAUCUAUCAAGACCUAUUUGCAGGUAAGCCAGUUGAAGGAAAACAUUUUAUUUUUGUCUUUAGACUUUGCAUUGAGUUUAAUUUUGUCACUUCACCUUUUAAUCCUCUUUCAUUUAAUAUUUUGCCAUGUAACAAAAGCAUGUGUUUCAAUUUUCAACCCUGCUUAAACAGAGAAAGGCUAUGGCAAUGGUGGCAGGCAGUUCAGAUGUGAUUGAGAUAAAGCUGAUAUUAGGAAGUUAUAGGGAGAGUGGUUUCUGCCUCUUCAUUGCCAGAUUGUCCACCACUUAUCUUCAUGUCUGUUGUCUGAGUGAUGCUGCUUCUCAGCUGUUGCUAUGAAAAGUCCUUUGAUAACCUUGUGUGAUGACUAAAUGGUACUAAUUGUCCCCACCUGGGAGCCUGUUUCAUGGUCAUUCAGGCAUCUCCAACUCUGAUGGUAGAUUAUGUUAUCCCUGUAAGAGGUACCUCUUGACACCUAUGCUUUUCAAUAUUGUAAUGUCCAUCUGUUGGUUUUCAAGGUGGAUCUUAGACAGUCAUGGGGUUUGAAGUGAAAAGACUGCAAAGGACCUGAACAGCUGCAGAAUGUGCUCAGGGAAGUGACCACAGCUAUGAUCCACAGAGUUUCUGCUCAGGUACCUGUGCAGUCUUUUGGAUGAUCCUGAGCCCUUCUGUAAGCUCUCAUGGUCUGAAUUAAUCCUGGCUUGCUGGUUAUUUGGAGGGAUGCUAGAUCUAGUGCAGUGCUGUGGGAGGAAGGCUUGAGGGGGCUGCGUGAGGUGAUUUAUUGACUGCAGAGAAUCUUGGUCUGUCAGCUGCUGGAGUGGCAUAAGCAGUCCUUAUAGAUGGGUCAAAAAGCUAUGCAUUUUGUCAAACUAGUUUCAUCUUCCUGUUCUUUUUUUUUUUAGCUCUUUUUAAUUAAAAUGAAGUUGGGCAGAAGUGAUUCUCUUGGUUCCUGAGAAUGUUUCAUUAGUGAAAUCAAAUGUCUCUAAAGAAAGAAGUUGCUAAAGUCAUUAUUACACAUAAAUCUUGAUAUAUCUAUCCCCCAAAAAAAUUGGCAUGAGAUGCCUCAGUGGAGAAAGCAACAGGGGGAUAUAACUCUCAAGCUUUUUAUUUUAUCUUCUCUCAUUUACAGUUCAAUCCCAUUUGUCUGUGUUUUAUGCAAAUUAUUCUGUAUGUCUAUAUUUCCAGUGCUUAGAAAGAAGGGGUCACUAAGCAGCCUAAGAUUGUUCAAUGUUUUUCCAAAUACAUGUUUUUAAUUGACUUGACAGAGGGAGAUUUGAGAAAUCAGAUAUUAGUAAAUGCACUAUGUACAACAGAUUAAUCAAAAUUUUCCUUUGUUAAAGGCUUUAUCUUCUGACUUAAAAAGUCUCUGCAAUUGAUAUGCAAAUGCCAAGGACCUCUGUUGAAACUGGAUAAAAACCAUAAAGUUUUGUUUCACAUUGAGAAAGUAUAGUCUUUCUCUAGAUCUUGAAUUUCCUGAGAAGCACUUUUUGGUCUUAACACCAUCAGGAUGUGAAAGCGUAAGCAUAAACACUUGUUGUUGGUCUUUGGGUAAAACUUUUAAUACAUGAUUUUGAACAAACACCAUGCAAGAAUUGAAAAGACAUCAUUAAAACAUUCAUUUCCUGUUGUGGAUUUUACUGCAUGAUUGUUCCCAAGAGAAUUGAAAAUUAGACCUCCAUUUGUAUGCCAAACUACAGAUAUAUACAGAUAUAUAUGGGUAUAUUUUCCCUUAAAUCCUAUUGCAAAUGCGUGUUUGUAGAAGACCGGCACCUCUGCGAGUGGAGCUACUGGAUCCAUGGGAAGUUUUAUCCAGAGCACAGAGAAGUACUGUAGUAGGCUUUGGCUCAACUGGUGUUGACUGAGAACUGCAUAAUGAAGCCUUUUUGGGGGUUUAUAUUCAAAAUUUUAUUGCUUUCUAAGAGGAAUUUGCAUCAUUGUUGCUUCUUUUAUGGUGAAUAAAGUCUGCUUAAUGCUUGUCUCCAUUUCAUGUUACUAUAGGAUGCUUCAGAAAAUACUAAUGUCUGGCACAAAUUUUCUUGGAAAAUGCAGCCUCCUGAUUUCAUGGUAGCUAUUGACAUUAAAUUAUUCUUGUAAAAGUAAAAACAUGGAUAAUACUAUAAUGUCAGGAAUUUUCUUACUUUUUUAAAACCACUGCUGUUAUUCAUAACACCUAUAAAGGGUUGCCCAGUAUCCCCAGUAUACCUUAUUUCCCUUGUGGGACAAGUAAGCUAUUUUUGGCUUUGUAGCUGGGGAAGACUGAGCAAAAAGCAAUUAUAUAAACUAAUAUAUCAAAUGUAGGAUCACCUGGGAGGUCUUAGCUAUCAAUCUGAAAUCACUUUGACUCUUGCUAGUUAACAUCUCCCUUAGCAUUUUCCCCGGGGAGAGUGCUAAGAACAGGGUGCUGAAGUACACGCCCAGCCUUAUUUCUUAGGCUGUUCCUACAAGCUUCCUAUCAUGUUACAAUAUGUCCUUCAGAGUUCUCUUAAAGACAGCAACAAAAAAAAAAAAAAAGCCAAACAAACCCUUCUCUUUGGUGAUUUCAUGGCUUUUGUUUCUUCCUCAGAGAAGAUCAAGUCUGGAGUUUCUCUGACUUCGUCUGAAAUUGUAGGCAUGAUCAAUUUGUUUAAGAAACCUUACAAGAAAAAGGCAGGCAAAUUCCAGCCUUUCAAGAAGCUCUUCAGCAAGAGGAAGAAAAGAGAGCCUGCCUCAGACUGUGAGGAACCCAAGCUGAAGCCCAGCCACUCCUUCAGCAAUAUCUGCAACGGCACCUUCUCCUCCGAUGAAGAGCCAAACAGUGGGCUGAGAUCCUCCCAUUAUUCUAUGGGCAGUCGAGCUUUUUCCCAUGACAGUAUUUUUAUACCUGAUGGGAGAACAGAGGGUGAACAGGCCAUCCAAGCAAUGUCACAGGAGAACGUUUUAGGAAAAGUCAAAACUCUUCAGCAACAGUUGGCCAAGAAUAUAAAAUUUGGGCAGCCUCCACAAAUGACAGUUUCUGCAAGGACAAUGGGGGAAGCAAACACUAGUAUAGAAGAGGAUGUGUUGCUCAGCAGCCCCAUGGAGAUUGAGACUCAGCAGGUCACAGUGAUCUCAGGCAGUGGUAAUAAACCCACUGACACACCAGAUUUCUUGAGAAUGCUAAAUUUGCCUGGAACAGGACAUGAAGUGGAAGAAAAGGUCACUCCAGUCAAAUCAGCUCGGCCAAAAAGACAAUUUUCCUGUUCUGGCACAAUUGAAACAAUCAAUUUGGAUUCAGUUCCCCAGGCUGUUGCUCGUCUAGACAACAGUGCAGCUAAGCACAAGCUGUCAGUGAAGCCAAAAAAGCAGAGGGUAUCAGGAAAGCACAAGAGACUAACAAAGGGAUCACAAAGUUUAACAAUAACAGAAUUUGAGCCAGAGGACCUGGAAACUCAGCUGUACGAGGACAUAUAUCCAGGUUAUAAUGGACACUUCAUAGCAGACAAGCUAAUCCAAGGCAGAAAUGAGCAGAAGCAGCUUCAGCUUGCAGAGGAGAAAAGAAUUGAAGAUCACUGGGGGAUCCUUGAGGCUGAAAGGAUAAGACAGAUUGUAGAAAUGGAUGAACAAAGAGAAAUGGAAGAAAAAAGGUGCCAAGAACUUGAACAGAUGCGUAAAGAACAGGAGAAAAGGUGUUGUGAAGAAGAGAUGAGGCAGUAUCUCCUCGAGGGAGAGAUAUCUUUGGAAACAGAAGAGCAAACAUGCUAUAAAGAGGAGAGAAGACUGACAGAGACUGAAAAGAGGCAAGAGCUGGAGAAGAUGAGGUGUCAGGAACUGGAGAAGCAAAGGCAGAAGGAGUUGGAGGAGCAACAAAGUCAAGAGCUGGAGGUGCAAAAGCUCAAGGAACAGGAGGAGCAACAGAGACAAGAGCUGGAGGAGCAAAAGCUCAGGGAACAGGAGGAACAACAGAGACAAGAGCUGGAGGUGCAAAAGCUCAAGGAACAGGAGGAGCAACAGAGACAAGAGCUGGAGGUGUGGAAGCUCAAGGAACAGGAGGAGCAACAGAGACGAGAGCUGGAGGUGUGGAAGCUCAAGGAACAGGAGGAGCAACAGAGACAAGAGCUGGAGGUGCAGAAGCUCAAAGAACAGGAGGAGCAACAGAGACGAGAGCUGGAGGUGCAGAAGCUCAAGGAACAAGAAGAGCAAAAGAGACAAGAGCUGGAGGACCAGAGGUGCAGGGAACGGGAGGAACAUCAGAGGCAAGAGCUAGAUGAACGGAAGCACUGGGAACAGGAGGAGCAGAGACAUAAGGAACUGGGGGAGCAGAGGCAUCAGGAAUGGGAAGAGAAGUGCAAAGAGCUGGAGGAGAAACAGAGACAAGAGCUGAAGGAGCAGAAGAGGAUAGCGCUGGAAGAAUUAAGGCAACACGGGACUGAAAAAGAGUGUCAAGAGGAAGAAGAAAGAAAUUGGCUGGAGGAACCAAAAGUACUCAAGGAACAAAAUAAGGAAGAAAUACAGAGAGGAGACCUAGAAGAGAAAGAGCUUCAAGUCACUGAAAUAAAACUGAAGGAGAAAGAACCUGAGAGCCUCAAAGAAGAGAAGAAACAGGAGGAACAAAGGCAUUUGAAGGAGAAAGGAGAAAAGACAGAUAAGGAACAACCCCAGCAAGUAACAGACAAGAAAAAGAAACGGGAAGAGCAGAGGAAACACAAGCUCAUAAAACAAAUGCACAUGGAAAGUUCAGAGGGUGUGCCACAAGAUGAACUGAAGCAGCAGAAGGAACAAAAUGGACAAGAAUGGAAUGAGCUGAAAGAGCAGAAGACAGGCACAGAAGGACAAAAUCUUCAGCAAACCCAAGAAAUAUCCUUGGAACAGCCACAAGACAAGGAUCAGUUCUGUUCCAGAGGGGCUGAUAGGCAUCCAACAGAGGAGAAGCUCCAAGAAGGAUCAAGAGCCCAAAAUCUCAAACAGCCAGAAAAAGGGAAUAAAACAGCAGAAGAAAUGCUAGCCCAGAAACUGAAGAGAGAUGUUGAAGCUCAGGAGCAAAAGCGCAUAGGGGAAGAACUUCGGUGGCAAGAGGUAGAUGAAAGACAAACUGCAUCCAGACCCUUCACAUUUCAAGUGUCUUCUGGAGAUAAACAGAUCAUAUUUCAGAAAGUAAAUCUGAGUCCUGUCACACCCAUCAAAGGAACAGGACUCUCUUCUCCAUCUGUCAAAGACUGCAGGGUGCACACCAUCAGUAAGGGCUCUCACACCCUCCCAUCAUCUGCGUGUGUGCCCCACACAGCUAUUUUGGUUACUGGAGCCCAGCUGUGUGGCACAGCAGUUAACCUGAACCAGAUUAAGGACACGGCUUGCAAAUCAUUACUUGGCUUAACAGAAGAGAGGAAAAAUGUGGAAAUUCCUUCACCAGAGAAGUCCCAGAAAAAAAAACAGGAUCUCAAACCUAGCAGCAGUAAAAUUAAACAUGCUCAAGAGACAUUGAACAACCAGGCUGUACUAGCUGAGUGGGCCUCUAUUCGCUCCAGAAUACUGAAGAAUGCAGAAAACAACAAAUAUAAUGAGAGAGACCGAGUAAGUGCCUGCAGGCACAGUGACGACUGGACACCCCGAGGACGGGGUGCUCCCCAUGGUAAUUUAAGGAAAACCCUUUCUGCAAAUGCAAAGUUCUCAAUAACACCAGCAUGGCAGAAAUUUUCAGAAGUUUCAAAAAUCAAUUCAGACCCUGAGAAUGUAAGUGUGGCAAAAGGCAAUGAAACAGUGGCUGUGGGGAGAAACACUGCCUCAUCUGCUGAUCUGAAGGAGGAUGUGGCUACCACUUUUAAGGAUAAUUUAGUUGAAAAGGCUAAGGAGAAAGUGGAAACCCAUAGUGAAGUGACAGACAAUACAGAAGGCUGCAAAUUUGCAAAAGAUCUUCCAUCUUUCCUUGUUCCAAGUUUUCCUCAUUCUCCAGGUAAAGAAUUACCUAAGCCAGAACUUCCCAGUGCUCUGGAAAAUCAGCAAAAUAACAGCACAAAAAAAGCAGAUAAACCGUCCCCAAAUGGAGAAGAAAAUGUUUCUCCUUUUGGGAUAAAGUUACGAAGGACAAACUACUCUUUACGUUUCCAUUAUGAUCAACAAGCAGAGCAAAGGAAAAAGAAAAGAUACAGUGCAGGAGACAGUUUUGACGGUGUGCCUGACCCACUCACCUCAACAGAAGGUGAGAAAGAAUCCACUGUUUUUGCUCCACAAGAGAGUACUUCCCCCGACGUGGGGAGAGCAAAUGUCCCCGGUAAUUUAAAAGACUCUUCAAUUACUGUGACUGAGUUUUCACAGCCAGCGGGCACACCAGUGAUCCCACCAGCCACUGGCCAGAGUGCUUUACCUGCUCAGGAGAAACCAGCAUGCAAGUCAGUGGUCCCACAGAAACCUGCUAUAGCUCCGAAGCCCACCAGCCAAACCCCACCAUCAUCUCCUCUCUCUAAAAUGAACAGAUCAAACCUAUCUGAAAUGCUGGGGCAAAGGGUGGCUAAAGCUGAAUCAGAUGGUGGCUGGAGAAAAGAAGACAGAGCAAAUGCAGUGCAGCCCACACCAUCUGAUGAGUACAAAAAUGAAGAGGAAGAAAUCAAAGAAAAGAAGUCAUUUUUCCCAUCUCUAAGUAUUCCAUGGAGAGAAAAAAAUGACAAAAAGCCUGAGCCAUUGAAGAAAGAAAAGCCUGUCCUCCAGAGCAGGCACUCUUUAGAUGGCUCUAAAUUGAUGGAAAAAGUGGAAACUUCACAACCGCUUUGGAUUACAUUGGCACUGCAAAAGCAAAAGGGAUUUCGUGAGCAGCAAGCCACAAGGGAAGAGAGGAGACAAGCCAGAGAGGCAAAGCAAGCAGAGAAGCUGGCUAAAGAAAAUGCUGCUGUAAGUAAUCAGUCAGAUAAUAAAAGUAGCAGCAGCAAAACGAGCACACUGCAGAAAUCUACAACUCAAGAAGGGGAGAAGAAAACUGAGACUGCUGUGUCAAGACUAGAAAGAAGGGAGCAGCUAAAAAAGUCAAACACCCUUCCAACUUCUGUGACAGUGGAAAUUUCAGAUUCUGUUCCAUCAACCCCACUGACAAAAGAGGUGGCCAAGAGAUUCUCUACGCCUGAUGCUAACCCUGUGUCAACAGAACCAGCCUGGCUUGCGUUAGCCAAGAGGAAAGCAAAAGCCUGGAGUGAUUGUCCACAGAUCAUAAAGUAAACUGUAAAACUACAUCUCUAUUGCUAUUAAUUGCUUUCUUUUAUUUAUUCUGCAUUUUACACAUGACAAAAUUGAAAAUGCAUGUAUGGAAGGACUGAAAAUUGAACUGAUUACCAUUUUGCUCUAGCUCACUGUUAAGCCUACUCAAGUCAUAUAUUCCAUUGCUUUGACAAAUAGCUAAAUGAGGUCAUGGCAAAAAUUUCACAGCCAGACUCUCAAAAACUUAAGAAUGCUCAGAUACUGGAUGUAAAUUUUAGUGAGUAUCAUAAUAAGGGCCAGAACUUCAGUUCAGAUGCUUCUUAAAUUCUGUGGGUACUCAGUUCUGGAAUUUUAGAUCUCUAUACUUUAAACGAGAUCUCAGAAUUUUUUUUCAGCAGUCUGUUGUUAAAAUUAAGGCAAGAUGCAUGUUCCCUUCUCUUAUUCAUAAUUUUAAAAAAAAUGUUAAACUGUAUGAACUGUCAGUUCUGCCUGCUAUUUGAAAGCUUUUUCCCUAAUGAAGAACUUCGGGAUAUACCGUUCCACAUGCAAAUAAUAAGCAGAAAGAUGGUACCAUCCAAAUGCCGAGGUAAUUUCUUCCAUUGUAGUAUUAAUAUACUACAUCUAUAUUCCCUCAUUCCUAGGAAAAAAACAAUUAAUCCUACUUUAAAAACCCCACAGUUAUUUAAGCAAAUAUCAUUAAGUUUUCAAAAAGAAGCCAAGAAGUCAGUGUUUCUUCUGGUCAUUUAAAUGCAUCACUGUUUGUGCUUGGCCAUAUUUAAGAUGCAUAGAGACAGUGAUUGCAGAUUACAACUUUAAAUCAAUUGAAUGACUGGAAUUAAACUGUUCUACACUGCAAAUGUAGCUAUGGAAUUUGUCUCGGUAAGUUCCCACAGGAGUAAGACUGGCAGAACUGAAGUUAACUGAGAAUGGAAAGCUAAGUCAGUGAGAGUCACAGGAGUUUUAACUCGGCAUUCUUCCCGAUUUUACUCCCAGUUUUACAUGCAACUUCAGGUAGUUCAGAUAACUUCCUGUACUUUGACCAAUACAGCCAGAUCACUUCAGAAAAGGUUACUUACCCCAUCUCAGGUAUCUGCUGUGGCAAUUGAAAACUUUAUUACUUCACCUAACUAAAAUAAAAAUGUUCACUCCCUCUCUCUUACAAAAAAGGAUAAAGUCCAAGAUGUAAUAAAGAUGUCGCUAUCCUCAACAUCCCAUAGAAAUAGCUAGGUCUGCAUUUUUGAAAGUCACGCUAUUAAAUAGUUCACUUGAGUUUGUUUUACAAGGAAGACUUUAAAAAAUCUGUAUGUCUCCUUAUAACCAUAAGGCUUAAAAGAACCUUUAAGCCUACAACAUCAUAAAAGGAGACAUUUUCAUAAAAUGAAGACAUAUCAUUAUAGAAUGAUGCCACAUAUGCUUCAUGGAAGUGUUUUAGCCAAACUGCUGUAUGCAGCAUAAGGAGUAGCACUUUAUGCAGAAAACAGAAUGAAACCUGCUGUAUCCUCCUGUUCACAGAAUCAAACAGCAAGUCAUUGUUGAGUACAGCCUUUCCCACCAAACCAGUGGCUCCCUAUCAUGGUUACAAUAGCACAAACACAGUGGAUGUGUUAGAUUGAGUAGAUAUGCAGCAGCAAGAUGGGCUUUCUUGGUCAAAAGCCAUCAGUUUUGCUCAGUUUCAUAUUUAAAACAGAAUCUCUAAAGCAACUUUUUACUGUUAAUAUAAGUAAUUAAUACGUUUUAAACAGAAACAGGGCAAUGCUGCUCUCAAAUGCUUAGGGGAAAAAAAACCAAUGUCUUCAAUAUCUGAAGAAAGAAUUGGCCCCUUAAUUCUUCUUGCUCUGCUAGCACCAGGAAUUAGUGCAUCUUAAGUUAAAUUUAAGGUUUUUUUCCAAGUUUGUUUGCCUGCAGUACCUAUUUGUAAUUUAAACUGCCUGAAACCCAUCUUUACAAUUAUUUCUUGGAGGGGGAGCCAGGUAGACAUACAGAGAAGGAGAAGUAAAUCAGGAUUAAAAAAACUGGUACUCUGAAAAGCAUAGCAAAGUUAGGUGCUAUUGUGCAUGACAUAAGGAUGCAAUUUUCCAAUACAAUCCAUUUACAGCACAUAGAAUAAGUUUUCAUUAAGGAUGGUCUUAAGCUGAAGCUUCAAACCAGAGGGUUUUUUCAACCAUAAAGGUAUCUAGUGUAACAAUGGAAACUGUUACGUGCAGUACUCGAUGGAAACAUUUCUGAAGUGUACACGUGCAACAGUGACAUUUCAUGUUAAAUUAACAAAAAUUUGCACUAAAUACCAACGAAGUGAAGUGUUACUUUGCUUUAGCUUUGUUGCAACCAUUUCUGAUAAAGUAUUGGAAAUCUGUAAAAAUAAACCCAGAACAUUACUACCCAGCUUAAAACAGCAAAAAUAUUUUAAGAACUGAACAAGCCACUAUGUAGUAUAUUGUCUCAAAUUUUUGUAACUUAUACAAACACAAAAUACCAUUUCUUCUGACAAGGUUAUAUAUGAUUAACCUCUAUGUUCAUAUAGUAAUGUAUAAAAACUAUAAGAUGUACAAUUGUGGGGUAUUCGUUGUGUACUUUUUUAAUUUUUCAAAUGUUUUAAAGUGCAAUUGUUUAUUAUACUAAUGUCAUUUUAAUUCUUAUUAAACUAUAACCCAGUCAAAAUUAUCUAA